CGCCGGCGGGAGGCAGCCGGGCGGUCAUGGCUGCUGCCGGCUGGCGCCUGGCGCGGGGCUGCAGCUAGGCGCCCGGGAUGGAGCCGGGCGGGCUCGGGGGCCAGGCCGACUGGAUGCGGCUCCUGCGGAAGCUCAAGGAGGUCUUCGACGUGUGCGACGAGGAUGCGGCCGGCUUCGUGCGCGUGGAGCGUUUCGUCGCCCUGGGGCUGCAGUUCGGCCACGGGGAUGAGGCAUGGAACCAACUCUCAGAAGAAGUUCGUAAAGCCGCUCGCCUGUCCUUUUACAAAUCACUCCUUGAGUCUCAUUUCUGCUGUGAUGCCCACCGAAUACUGCCACUUGGUAACAGUGAGGCAGAUGGUGGAAAAAUUGGCUAAAUACUUGGACCCAAAUGACCUGGGAAGAAUCAACUUCAAGGAUUUCUGUCAUGGAGUUUUUGCUAUCAAAGGCUGUGAAGAGUUACUGAAGGAUGUGCUGGCUGUCGAAAACCCUGGGUGUCGGCACUAUGAGCCGCAGUAUGUGGAUUACUACUACCAGGGUAGCGAAAUCCAGGACGGUGCCUAUUUGGACGGUGAAAGUGUGUACAGUGAGUCCGAGCUGUUUCCUGAUGAAGACACGAUGACGCUGGCCCAGCAAGAGGUCCACCAUGAGUCCGACAUGGACAGUGCCAUCGAGAGUGCGCAGAGCUCUGAGGCAUCCGACGUGUGCGGCAGUGAAGAGAAGGACAGCGUGCUCAGUGGACUCUUUCUGCCUGUAGACAAGUCAAGUCCUCACAACCCCUCUGACCUCUCCACCUAUUCCACCGCCUCUCUGAUCAGUAACGAGGAACAAUUUGAAGACUAUGGGGAAGGAGACGAUGUGGAUUUUACUCCCAGCAGUCCAUGCCCUGAUGAUGAGACCAGAACCAAUGCCUACUCUGACCUUGGCUCAUCUGUGUCUUCCAGUGCUGGGCAAACGCCAAGGAAAAUGAGGCACGUUUAUAACAGCGAGUUACUGGACGUCUACUGCUCACAGUGCUGCAAAAAAAUAAACCUGCUUAAUGACUUGGAAGCGAGGCUGAAAAACUUGAAAGCAAACAGCCCCAACCGAAAAAUCUCAAGCACAGCUUUUGGAAGACAACUCUUCCACAACAGUAAUUUCAGCAGCAGCAAUGGCAGCACGGAGGACUUGUUCCGAGACAGCAUAGACUCGUGCGAUAAUGAUAUCACUGAAAAGGUCACUUAUUUAGAAAAAAAGGUGACCGAACUGGAAAAUGAUAACAUGACAAACGGAGACCUGAAGAGCAAACUGAAACAGGAGAACACACAGCUAGUUCACAGAGUUCAUGAACUAGAAGAACUGUUGAAAGACCAAGAGACGUCAGCUGAACAAACGCUGGAAGAAGAAAUAAAACGGCAUAGAGAAGCAUACAGCAAGUAUGAAAAAGAAAAGGGCACUGAAAUUGAACUGCUAAAUACAAGGGUUCAACAGCUUGAAGAAGAAAAUGGUGAACUCAAGACCACUGUUACGCGACUGAAAUCGCAAACAGAGAAACUAGAUGAGGAGAGGCAACGCAUGUCGGAUAGGUUAGAAGACACCAGUCUGCGGCUGAAGGACGAGAUGGACUUGUACAAAAGGAUGAUGGACAAACUGCGACAGAACAGACUAGAGUUUAACAAGGAGAGGGAAGCUACUCAGGAGCUCAUUGAGGAUUUGCGAAAGGAACUGGAGCACCUGCAGCUGUACAAGCUAGAUUGCGAGCGCCCUGGCCGGGGGAGAAGCUCCUCGUCUAGCGUGAGUGAAUUCAACGCAAGAACGAGGGAAGUGGAAAUGGAGCAUGAAAUUAAACGGCUAAAGCAGGAGAAUCAGAAACUUCGUGACCAGAAUGAUGACCUUAAUGGACAGAUCCUAAGUCUUAGUCUUUAUGAAGCUAAGAAUCUCUUUGCAACACAGACAAAAGCCCAGUCACUGGCUGCUGAAAUCGACUCUGCAUCAAGAGAUGAGCUCAUGGAAGCUCUUAAAGAACAGGAGGAAAUAAACUUCAGAUUGCGACAGUAUAUGGACAAGAUUAUUUUGGCCAUCCUAGACCACAACCCAUCUAUCCUGGAAAUAAAAAAUUGAAGGACAAAAAGCAAUUGCCUGAUAUUUCUGCACAUGCCACUGGAUCUAAACAUCACUCUGAUACUGUAAAUGAUUCUAUAUAUAUAUCUUAUGUGUGAAUGUGGGUGUGUGGGUAUGUUUAUAUGAUGUCUGGUACACUUCUCUGUGAGUCAUCAAAUCGGCUUGAUUCAUUUUUUUCAUGCACUUUCAAUAUCUGUGACAAGAUCGCUACUAUAUAUUAAUGUUAUAACAAUAUAACUGGAUCACGCUGUUUUAGCUACUGGACAUAAUGACUCUACCUCUAGUGGUAAGGGUGAAAUACAGUGGACACAUAUGGAUGUCUCCCCUCCCUUUAAGAACAAGAAUUACUCUUUCAUUCUUUCAAAUGAAUGAGGGUACUCCCAAAAAUUUGACAUACCCAGGUUUGAUUCCUGUCUGGUGCUGACGACAUCACACUCUAUUGAAUUUAGCUUUGCCAGAGCUUUGCUACUGAAACCACAGAGGUAAAAAUAAACCUUUGGCCAAAUCUGUGUGUUUUUAAAAAUGAAUAUCUGGGGGGGAUGAGGCUCAAACUGCAGAAUUGUUAAUAUCCAUGUAAAAACACCAUCCGCUUGUUCGCCACUGUCAGCAAAAAGUGCUUUUAAUAUGAAGGCCACAUAUCCAAGUUCAGGAUGAUUGCCAGUCUGUCCUGGUGUGUGUAUGUGUUGAGCCUGGGUCCCUAUUGCACUGAGGCAUUGCAAUGUACACCCUUAUUUUCAGGGGUUUAUCACUGGGCCAUUUACAAUUAAUUCUGGGAUCCAACUCCUCUGCAUUUGAAGGCUUCAACCAGGGAACACAUUCUAUUUCUUUUAACUGUUACUGACUGCAUGCAAAUCCACUUCAUUAUUUUAAAGAAAAACUUUAACUUAAAUAGCUCAAUUCCCUUCCCCACAACCAAAGCACACUGUUGCACUCCUAUGAGAGAGAGAGGCGGGGGGCAUGGAAGAGAGAGAAUGGUGGGUCCUCCUACAGUUUUGUAGUUGGUUAAUCCCUGAUGUAAACUAAUUUUAACCUUUGAGUUAAAAGUAAAAAUCACACUUACUGCACAUUACCUUGGUGUCUUAUGUUCCACCCCCAACCCCACUGUUUCACAAGAGCUUGCAUUCACCACCCAAAUUACCCAUCCCAAAUACUACAUCUCCUGUCUGAAUACACACAUGCACACAUUCAUAUGCUCUGAUUCGGGAAAGUACAUAAGCACGUGCUUAACUUUGAGCAUAUACUGUACUUGGGUCCCAUUGGAGUUAAGGAUACACUUAAAGUUAAGCACUUGCAUAAGUACUGUCCUGUCUAGGGAUGGGUUUAAAUACUAUUUAUGUGCUUCCUGAAUUGGGUCCAUUUCUUGUAGAAUUAGGACCUUUUAGCUAAAAGUAAAAUCAGCUAGAAGUUAAAUGCUGUGAAAUUUUAUUCCAAGCACUAAACAUUUUGUUUAAAAAAAAAAAAAAUUUUUUUUACACACUUUAAAGUUUAAAAAAACAAAACAAAAAAACACGGGUGGAGAGGAAAAAAAUCCACCCUUUCAUACCAAUUGGCACAAGCAGGGACACACUCUGGUUGACUUCUCUGUAAUCAAAUAUCUGGCUUUGCCUAUGUGCAUAGAGAUUUGUUCUUGUUUAUUUUAACACGCUCCUUGGAAAUGGACGGUUGCAGUAGAUAUGACUGAUUUUCUGUAUAUACUUGUUGGCAGUUUGUCUCACACCUACCAUUGUCUUUGUGUAUUUUUGUUUGUGUAUGUAAUGCAUUUUUUCCAUAAUCUGAAUACCUAGAGCAUGUAUUCUGUUACUGAUGUAAAUAUAUAUAUAUAUUUUUUCUGCAGCUGCU